UCUACGUCGUCUAAACCAUGCUUCCAGAUAAUCAGGCAAACAACAAAAGAGAGCUACCUGAACGUUCUGCAAAAUUAGCUACAUUCUUGAAAGACUGUCUGACAUUAGGUACACUUAGGGGUUUCAAACACUUUCGAACAUUCAUUAGAGGAAGGGAAGAGCUCAUCUUAUGCGUUUAUUACCAGCGACAAACAAAGAGCAUGAAAACAGUAGCCAAUAAGAAUUCUAUUUUGCUUCCCAAAUCAAUAUAUUUGUCGGAAGUUGAGAAAUCCAGUCAUACUUCAGAAAGCGUAUUAUAUGCAAUAGAUUCAAAUAUUCCUUCUUACGCAGAGUUCGGAAGCCAGAUUGAUGAGGUCAUAUUUUUGAUAACAGGCUAUAUGAAAUAUAGGUGUCCGUAUGUUUGGCUGAAAUCACAUCAGCUAGAGCUUUUGAAAAAAACAACAGAAAGUGUUUGCAACAAUGGAAAUAAUCCUUUACAAUUGCAGUCAACUCAAGAUUGGAAGACUAAAAAUGUCAGUUUAUGGGAAAUAGUAGCAGAAAUAUUGAAAAUGACAACUAAUGCAAAGAAUCCUUUCGAAAUUGAUAAUGAUGUGCUCGAAAAACUCUCAUUGCAAGAAGCCAUAUUACUAUCGGGAUCACUGCUAAAUUUCUUAGAGACAGUAUUUCUUGAGCUUAAACCAGCUCAAGAGGAGUUAAUGAACCUGAGUAAGUUACAAGUGGCUAACGAAGAGCUACCUUGAUUGUACAUCUCAUCAUUGUCUAAUCAAUACGUCGUAAUGCGUUUAUAGUGUCGGUUGAUAUGUCAAAAUUACGGUCAAAAUAUAUAGAUUUAUUACAUGAUCAAAGCCUGCUUUUUAACUGUUUUGAUAAGAUACAAACGAAGAGCAGCCAAGAAAAAUGAAGUAUAUUCUACGUAUCACACCAUAAAAAACUAAUUAGAUAAUUAUGACGUUUUUGUUGUACGCUUGUUUUUGUCAUGCUAGAUAGCAUUCAUUUGAUUUAUUGAAGUAGGAGUGAUACUGACGAGGAAAAGUAUAAAAGA